AUGGCUAGUACUAAAAUGUUUACAAAAAAUCAUCAUACAUCAAAUACAUCUUCAACUUCAUUUUUUCAUCAACAGCAACAACAAGCAUCAGCAAAUCAAAAUUUCGAUGAAGAUACAACACUGACACAAGAAAUGCAUGUUAAAAUGGCAAAAAAAAUCGCUCAAUUGACAAAAGUAAGCAUUGCAAAAAGAAGACUUUUAUUUAUAUCUUUUCUUGUCUAUUAUUUGCAAAUAAGUGAAAAAAAAAAACGAGCACCAUGUCUUCAACAAACAUAUACAUUGUGUAGUAAAAACAAAGCUUGA